AUGAAGGAACACCAUCCUCUUAACGUCGUUGUCGUCGGUGCCGGUAUAUCGGGGCUUACGGCUGCUAUUGCGUUGGGGAAGCAGGGGCAUCGUGUUGUGGUCCUCGAGAAGUCCAAGUUCAAUAAGGAGACUGGUGCUGCGAUAAACCUGGCGCCAAACUGCACAGUCGUGUUGGAAUGGCUGGAUAUUGACCCGCGGGACUUUGGGGGGACAUUGCUCGAAGAGAUGCGCCGAUAUGACCACAAUGGGACGAUCAAGUAUGGCCAGGAGUUUGCCAACGUUCGCCAAUUUUGGCAAGCUGAAUACUACCUCGUCCACCGAGCAGAUCUUCACGGUGCUCUGAAAGCUCGAGCUUUGAAAACUGCCGAGAUUCACACAGGGUGUAAUAUCAUUGACAUUGACAUUUGCGUCGAUAGACCGGCAGUGACGUUGGACGAUGGAAGAGUCUUCGAGGGCGAUCUACUGAUCGGAGCAGAUGGACUCAAUUCCAUCGUACGCAAAGUAAUCGCACCCGAAGCCUCCGCUCCCUACCCGGACGAAAAGUCGUGCUUCCGCUGGCUGCUCCCCGCUAGCGACAUGUGCAGCCUGGACACGACGCAGCACGCAGUGAAGCCAGGAGUCUUUAUCGAAUGGGAAGCGCCAAAAACAAGGCUCGUAGUGUAUCCAUGCUCCGACAACAAAUUGCUGAAUAUGUGCGCCUUCGUCCCGACUGCUCAGGCAGGAGACCAAGGAGAAGGCUGGGAAGCGACCGGCAACAAAAACGCACUGGUCAACGCCUUUGCAGACUUUUGCCCAGCGGUGCGCGAAUUCGCCGAGCGCGCAGGCGACGACCUCAAAGUGUGGCAGCUCUACGACAUGGCAGCGCUCCCACGCUGGGCGCAGGGACGAGCGGUGUUGAUCGGAGACUCUGCGCAUCCGUUUCAGCCAUAUCUCGGGCAGGGAGGGGCGAUGGCCAUAGAGGACGCGGUCGCACUGGCCAUUCUGUUGCCACCAGGGACCACCGUCGACGAGAUUCCGGGCCGACUGGGUCUGUACGAGACGGCUCGGAGGCCGCGUGUGGAAAAGGUGCUCGACUACACGAGGCUGAAUGCGCGGGAUGACGAUGAUCCUUCGGGAGGGAGAAUCAAGCCCACGCAAAUGAUCGAGUUUAUGCAGACGACCAUGUCGCAUAACGAGGUGGCUCAUUCGACGGCCAUACUGGAGGAGUGUCUGAUCCAUGGAUAG